UCUUCCAAAGAGACCCGCCUUUUCCCCACCUGUACAUGAUAUCCAAAGCAUAGAAGAAAAGGAUAUAAAUAAAACCUGUACUGAACAUGGAGAAACGUUAUCAGAAUCUACAUGUACGAAUGAAGGAGGAAAUCAGCAGCUCAUAAAGAAACCUGUAUUAUGCGAAACAAGUCUGCAUGAGAAAAAUGUAAUUGCUAAAGAGGAUAACUUGAUAAACAAGGUUGAUGAUACCCAAACAGACAGAAGUACAGUAGUGACUGCAUCAGAAAAAGUGGAUACCACCAAGAAAGAAACAUUACAUACAGAAGUUCAAGCAUUUGAUAAAGAACUCAAGGAUGACUCAAACAAAGAUGCAUCAACAGCUUCCCAGGUCAUGGUUGCCAUCCAAGCACCUGCACUACGAAAGAAAGAUUCAGAAACAGAGAAAAUACCGACCGAGAAAUUAAUGAUAUGAAUGAAAUGAUGAUGGAAGAGCCAGGUUGUAGUUUCACUGCUCCUCACACUAAGAAUGAGAAUAAAGCUUCUGGUGUCAAAGAGUCAGACAAGGAUAUAUGUCGAAGCAAAAUGACAGAGGAACAAUGGAACGAUUUGUUUAGUUCUGUGAUAAAUUUGAUAGAUCAGGAUACAUUAGACUCUGCAAUAAUACAAGUCGAUUGUAAUCAAGAACCUCAGAAGUUGGAAACAGAUAACAGAUGUAAAGGAAAAAAGAGAAAAUCUAUGGAAGAAGUAAAACAUGGAGAUGGAGUACAUGAAUGUGCAAAGGAUUUUGAAGCCCUACAAUCAAUGAAUGUUAAACCACUGCUAAACAUUUCUCGUAUAUAUAAGCGUUUAGCUGGUUAUCAGAACACUGAAGAACUAUCUCCACCUGACAGAGCAAGACAAAGUAAGAGAUCAUCUGAGAGUAGUAACAAUUCAGACUCGCCAGAAUAUGUAAUUUCAUCUGAACAAUGUUCUAGGAAGAUGGAACUGCUGCAGAUGAUUCACCAUAUGGAUGAAGAUGUGUGGGUGCAAUGCGAUAAAUGCAGUAAGUGGAGGAAGUGCUGGAAUAACUGUGACCCAUCUGCCUUACCAGAGUUUUGGACGUGCAUUAUGAAUAAAGAUCCCUUACAUAAUAGAUGUGGCAUUCCAGAAGAGAAUUGGAAGGAUACAAAUGAAAUUUACUUAUACCAUAAAUAUAUUUUAGGUUCAGUGAUUUGGGCUUGCAUACCUGCUAACCCUUGGUGGCCAGCUAUGGUUGACUUAGAUCCUGAAUACAAAUGCUAUUUGUGGGGAAAGUCAGAGAAAAAUCAUCCUAUGUACUUCCAUGUUACAUUCUUUGGUGAGCCAGUCUCUCGAGCAUGGGUGACUUCAAAAUCUGUAACUCCUUUCAAAAUGAAGCACACUGCUAGACGCUUUACUUCAAAAUAUCCCAGGGGGUCAGUGAUGAAUGCAGAAUUAGAAGAAGCUGUAUUUGAGGCUCAUAGUGCCCUCAGAAUGGAUAUUAAUGACCGGAGAAAGAAAUAUAGCUUUGCUUCUAG